AUAGAGAUGGAAUAUAACAAACAGUAGAUACCAGUGCUGAAAGAUAAUCAUCGAAUUUAAGCAAGCUCAAGAAGACGCAGAGCAGGAGAUGGGAUUCUGAAGCUCAAGGUCCCCACCACACCAUAACGCUUGCCUCUUCUGGUUGCCCAGUCCCAUAUAGAAGACUGACUAUUAGUCCCACAAUCAAGAUAAAAUCGUUAAAGUCCCACAUAGAAUAGUAUUCAUUUCAGGAAAGAUGAGCAGCAGUUGCAGUGGCCGCAGUAACCGCAAUCCAAAGCUGAAGCGCCGAACGCCGAGCCCUCCUUCUCGGCGUGAAAGAGGAAAGAAAUCUUCAGAGGAUGACAACAAUGAUUCCUCAUCUGCACCUCGUUUCACAGCAUAUGCCACAACUUUGCUAGUUAGAAACCUCUCUCAAAACACAAGGCCAGAGGAUCUUCGCAUUCCCUUUGAGAGCUUUGGACCUAUGAAUGAUGUAUAUCUUCCUAAAAAUUACCAUACAGGAAAGCCAACAGGUUUUGGAUUUGUUAAGUACAGAAACGCUGAGGAUGCUGCAGAAGCCAAACACCAUAUGAAUAAUCAAAUUAUAUGCGGGCAUCAGAUCAGUGUUGUCUUUUCUAAGGAGGAUGCUAAACGUCCAGAACAGAUGCUUGCAAAAGAACACGACUCUUAGUUACUUUAUGAAAAUAAGAUUAGUUACUAUUAUGAAAAUAAGAUACUUGUAGGAUUGUCCUGUCCUCCUCACACAGUAUCUUGCAAGUAUAUAGUCAUAAAUACAAACAUUCUCAUGCAAAUUUAAUUUUCCUUGUUAGAUAUCUAUAUGUUAAGCAUUUAUACAUGGUAAUAUUAUCAGACUAUUUUACCAAUGCAGCCUCAAGUGUCUAUCCAUGUUGUUUGAAGCAUGCCUACAUGCAUGAGUCAUUUCUUUGCUUGUCUGAUCAUGAAGCUGUACAUAUGUCAUAUUCCAAACGAAUAGAUCUUCGAAAUUUCUAGUA